UAACGUUGCUGGUAUGUGACUCUACACAGAUCUGACCUUCCUGCCAUAGGUGUGACCUGCCUCACCUCCCCUUCCCACACAUCACCACAGUCCCAUUCCUGGGCCACAUUUCUCUGCCUUAAUAAUCUGGAAGCGGAUGCAAUAUGGGUCGUCAUAGCAGUAGCAGCAGUGAUUCAAGUGAUGAAUCAAGUCCUGAUAGAAGUUCACCCUCACCACACAGCAGAAAAAAUACUAGCAAGAAGAGUCACAGUCGUGGAUCCAGUCGUAAAAGAAGUCCAGUGGGCAAAGAAAGGCAUAGAUCGAGAUCUCGGUCUAAUGACAGAAGUAGCCACUCAAAAUCUCCAGAAAAAAGCACACGAAAGUCUGAUAUUAAAAGAAACAGAUUGGGUUCACGCGACAGAGCUUGUAGAUCAAGAUCAAGGGAUAAAAGUCAUCAGUCAAAAUCUCAUAAUAGGAGUAAUAGGUCUAGGUCACAUGAUAGGAACCAUAGAUCAAAAUCUCCUGAAAGAAGUCAUAGAUCAAAAUCUCCUGAAAGAAGUCGUAGAUCAAAAUCUCGUGACAGAAAUCACAGGUCACAUGAGAAAAAGCAUAAUGUAGAUUCAAGAGUGAAAAAAAGAGGUAGCAGAUCUGGAUCAGAAUCACGAUCACGCUCUAGAUCUGGCUCCUAUUCUAAAACUAAACAAAGAAUUAGAAAUAUAUACAAUAAAAAAGAAAGUUCGGCUGACAGAGAAAGACGUGAUAAGAAGCGUGCAAGGACUCCGAACAAAGCAGAAGCAAACAACAAAUUUCAUAAUAACAGAAAUUACAGAGACCAGUCAAGAUCACAUGAAAAUGACUAUACAAGACGAGAUCACAGAUCACACAUGCAAUCCAGCUUUAGGAAUGGUCCACAAGACAGAAGAUGGUCAAAGUCACCAGAGGAACGUCGAGGUGGUGGGUACCAACGAAAUCGAGAUCACUCUCCACCUACACCAGAUGGCCGAUGGGGCCAUAAUAAGUUCUUUGAACAACAGAGGGAAGAAGGAUUUUCAAGGGAUAGAGAUAGAAAUAGAGAAGGAUAUGGCUUUGGAAGUGGAAAGAGAGACAACAGCAACUAUAGAAAUGGAGGGGGUUACAGAGGACGAGGUGGUGGUGGUGGUGGAUUUGGCCGCUAUAAUGAAAAGAGUGACCAGAGUGAUGACUAUUUUGCUUACAAACGUGUUCAGCGUCAACAGAUAACUGAAGAGGGCGUUGCUGAGCUUUGGGGUGUAUCACCAGCUCAUCCAGUUGAAGAUUCUGAUGUAGGAAACACAGACGACGAGAAGAAAUCCAAAACAGCCAAUAAAGAUGGAGAGAAUGGCUCUCAUGCCUCUGAUAAUGAGAAGAAAAGGAAGAAGAGAAAGAAGAAGGAAAAGAAGAAAAAACACAAGAGGGAAAAGAAGAAGAGGAAGAAGGAGAAAAAGAAAGCUGCCAAAAAGAAAGUGUCUGAAUCAUCAUCUCAGAGCGAUUCAGAGUCUGAUAUAGAAGAUGAUGACCUUAAAUGGAUUGAACGAAGGAAAGACAGCGAUGGAGAAAUGGUUGAAGAAGUAGUGGGUCCACUCCCCAAGCCUCAAGUUACACUUUCAAAGAAAGACUAUGGGAAGGCCCUGUUGCCAGGUGAGGGUGCAGCAAUGGCAGCUUAUGUAGCAGAAGGUAAACGAAUUCCCCGACGUGGUGAAAUCGGUUUAACAUCCGAUGAAAUUGAAAAGUUUGAGGAUGUUGGCUAUGUUAUGAGUGGAAGUCGUCACCGGCGCAUGGAGGCUGUACGUUUGCGAAAGGAAAACCAGAUUUAUUCAGCCGAUGAGAAACGAGCGUUAGCUAUGUUCAGUAAGGAAGAAAGACAGAAGAGGGAAAAUAAGAUUCUUACCCAAUUUCGAGAUAUUGUCCGUAGCAAACUGAAUAAGAAAUAAAUGUACAGUACAUUUAUUUUGGAAAUUUGAAUUAAUAUUAAGAUGGAAGACAUAUAUAUUUCCAACAACGUUCUUGUCUUCAUUUGUUGUCAUUUAUUUGUUCAUUUUCAUUUGUUUGUUUGGUAUUAUCAUGUGGUGUGAAUCACAACAAAUAUUGAUUUUUAAAAUGUCACUAUACUUAAAAGAAUUAUUUUCACUUGACAAUCAGCAUAGUAGUUGUGCUUAAGAAAGUUGUCAUAUUAUUUAGCCUGCGUGUAUAAUUGAAUAGACUCUGUAUAAUAUUACAAGAAAACUUUUAUUGAAGGCCUCAUAGACUUAAUAUUUUUCACAUUUUUGUGUACUAUUGGAAGUAAAUGCUAGUACAAUUGUCUGUUUUUCUGGUCAAAUUAAGAGGAAACAUUUUGUACAGUAUACUGUAAAUAUUAGUGUACUUUGUGUAUAUAGACGGUUUUAAGUGAUGAGGUUGUAAAGUAUGUCUGAGCAGAAUUAUUUUCAUCUUGUUUAGUACAUAAUAAGGACAACUCCUUGUAACGUGGUAAAUGAACAUUUAAAGGUAAUUCGAUGCCCAUGACCAUGAGCUUUGGUGUUCAAAUCUUAGUUUAAUAGCAUACAAGAUUAACAUGUGCUUCAUGCACAUGUCCCACCUUAUUGGACAGUGUACAAUAGAGCCCUGACACUGGACAGUUUACACUAUAGAGCCACUUCACACCCUGACACUUGCAGUUUAUACUAUAGAGCCACUUUGCAUCAUGUCACUAGUCCUCCCAAGGUCACCCAUUUUUUACCCAAUACAACACACUACAUAAAUAUUACUAAGUAUUCACUCAGCUUUCCAUCCACAAAUAUACUAUAAAGUAAAUUAGUGCAUGCACAAGAAUGUAGAUGGGUAAACAUUAUCUUUCAUUUCUUCAUAGACGUAUGUUGGAGUGUUACAGGUACUGUUGAAUGUUUAGAACAUGCCAAGAUGCAAGAAUGUAAUCCAGAAAGUGAGUAAAACAUGUGAACAAUUGUGCCACUUUGUAAAUACAGAGCUGAGCUUUCUCUUUUAUAACUUCCCCAUUUCACUAAUAUUGAAGAUACAGAUAUCAUUUUUAUUCAAAAGUUAACAAUAAAUAUCUCAACAUGAUAUAUUUCCCCUACUACUGUAUUACAUAGAUGUAUGGAGUGACCAUUAGUGUGCAUGGUACUUGAGCUUAUGUUCUCCAAUGGAUAAGUAUUUACCCUAGGCACUAGAUCAUUUACUGUAUGAUGGCGACUGCCCAAAAUACUUGAGAUAUAUGCCAUUUACAAAAAAAAAAAAAAAUAUUUAAAUUAAAACCAAUGAUGUGAGUGUAGUACAAGUAAUGAUGUAUUUUAUUUAGAUAUGGAACACUGCCUCUUUGACUACUCAAGUUUGUGAGGAAAUCAUACUCGUGUAUAUAUUUACCAGUGCACUAUGGCUGUGCCCAGACAGGUCUUGUCACUAUUGCUAAUCCCAAUACUGUACUUAUAUAAUGCUGAAUUGAAGCCUAAUCUAAAUUGUAUUUGUAUGUGUAUCUUCAUACUUCCUCUGUACAUUUUAGAGAAAUUAUUUUUAGUUUUUUCCCAGCAAGAUGGAAAUAAAUCCAGUUUAUUUAUCUUAGUACAGUAUAAUAUUGUAGUAUUUUUUAAGAGGGCAGAUAUUGUGGAAAGUUUAAAUAAGACUAGUAACAAAUGAAUUUUAUAUGAUAAUUUUUAUAUUAAGUUGAUGAAGAGGAUAAGUCAUGUCAAAGUAUAUUUUUGUGACUGCUUACAUAUACUAUAAUGUCCUUUAUGAAAAAUAAUUUGUAAGAUACUAGUGAAUAAUUAGGUGAAGAUUUUUUAAUCAUUUGUAAUGUGUAUGCUUCCAGAUAGAUGUUUUUACCUGUGAAAUUGCCCUAGAUUUUUUCCUUAAGUUGUGUAGAUUUGAAAUAUUUGUUCAUAGGCAUUUAUUUCAUAUUUUGUUGUAUGUUACGUUUAAUAUAGUUGGAUUUGUU